UUAGCUACACAGAGCUAAGCUAAAUACUCUCACACUUGACACGUUAGCUGGUGUGCCAACACUUCUGUUUAGGAUCUGACCAGUUUGUGUUGCACUACAAGGGCUUACGGGAAGGAUGUAUGAACAGGGCAUAGAAUAGCUCUUUAGUCUCGAAAAGAUAGACAAGAACAGGUCUUUGUUCCACCACACUAAGGUUGCCAUGGCUGCGGGCCAAAAGAAAACGAGUGCAAAGACGCAUGUGUUGGCGGGCUCUAACGGGCUGAACGGGGCAAAGUCACCAGGAACGCCCGUGGAGGGAAAUCGCAACACCAAGAUCUCCCGGGUGGCCAAAAUGGCCCUGGACAUGCAGGACAAGUGUGCAGCGUACGUCCUAGCCCUCCGGCCUUGGAGUUUUAGUGCCUCGCUCACCCCUGUGGCACUGGGCAGUGCACUGGCCUACAAGCUGGAGGGCUCUGUGGACCUUGUUGUCCUGUUGGUGUGCGCCGUGGCAGUGCUGGUGGUCCAUGGGGCGGGCAACCUGGUGAACACGUACUACGACUUCUCUAAGGGAAUUGACCAUAAGAAGAGCGAUGACAGGACUUUGGUGGAUCGGAUAUUAGAGCCGCAGGACGUGGUGAUGUUUGGCGCCGUGUUGUACUCCGUGGGGUGCCUGUGUGCAACACUGUUAUACUUCCUCUCCACACUGAGACUCGAGCAUCUGGCUCUCAUCUAUUUUGGAGGCCUGUCCAGCUCAUUUUUGUAUACUGGAGGGAUAGGCCUGAAGUACGUCGCCCUGGGCGACGUGGUCAUCCUCAUCACCUUCGGCCCGCUGGCCGUCAUGUUCGCGCACGCCGUGCAGGUAGGCUACCUGUCGGUGUUGCCGCUGGUGUACGCCGUGCCGCUGGCGCUCAACACAGAGGCCAUCCUGCACAGCAACAACACGCGCGACAUGGACUCGGACCGGCAGGCGGGCAUCGUCACGCUGGCCAUCCUGGUGGGGCCGGCGCUGUCGUACGUCAUCUACAACCUGCUGCUCUUUGUGCCCUACGUGCUCUUCUGCAUCCUGGCCACGCGCUACACCAUCAGCAUGGCGCUGCCCCUGCUCACGCUGCCCAUGGCCUUCCCGCUGGAGAGGCAGUUCCGCAGCCAGCACUACUCCAAGAUCCCGCAGAAGACGGCCAAGCUCAAUGUGCUCCUGGGACUCUUCUAUGUCUUCGGCAUCAUUCUGGCACCGCAGGGCAGCCUGCCGCUUUUGUGAAACGGUGGGGUGGAGGGGAUAGACUUUUUCUUUUUGGUCAUUUUCAUUUUCUCAGUUUUGUUUUAAGUGUCAUGAUAGGCUGUGUACUUUUUUGUUUUUAUUUAUAGUUUUUGUUUUUUUUCCUGAAGAACAAAGACUAAUUUAUUGUAUAAUUUAUGCUGCUGAGGGAAAACAAACCGGUCGGUGUGUGCGAGGUGUUGAUCUCUUCACAGUUCAUGGGCUGUGUUAAAUUAUUGGUAAAUGACAAGUUCAUUACCAGAAUGACUGGGCAGUUUUAUGACUAAGCAAAUUUGGAUGUUUGCUUAUACAUUUUCCUGAUAGUAUUGCUUCAUUUAGAAUCCACAGAUGUGUCUGUAUGAGCUGAAAUUUUUUUUAAAGCACAUUCUAUAGCCAAGCUUUAAAAGCUAAAUCGCCAGUUAAACUUUGUCCAAGUCAGUUACUCCCAAAUGUGUUCACUGUAUAGGCUCAAAUGUUCAGUCAACUGGGUUAGAUGUACAGCCAAGUAAGUGUGAAGGAAUUCUAUUGGUUCUUGGUUAUGUUGAUAUACUGAUUCUUCAGAACCUUUCCCACAUGUGGAAACAGUAUGUGUGGCUUAUAAAUCUAAUCCUUCAUUUAAGGAGGAAGUUGCAGAAUAUAAAUUAGAUCAGCCUCAUAUAAGUGUUGAGUUUGAUUAAAUUUAAGGUGCAAUAUACAUUUUAAAAAUAAAAUAAAUCCCAAACUUAUGUGGGUCAUGCAGUUUAUUGGAUCUUUUUGAUCUUUUUGCACUGACGUGACGAUGCUUCAUUUUUCCUCCUGUAAACAGAAUACAUGUGAAAACAUUGAUUACUCAUGUAAAAAUUUGCCUUUUAUAUAGCCACGCGUUAACAAGCUGUUUGUGUCGUGUGCACACAAUGCUAAGUUGUGCAUUAGCUGUUCUAACAUUGUGCACUGGCCCGUGUCCAGUUUUUAAUAAAUUGUUUGCCCACUUCA